AUGUUAAUUCCUAUAUUUAAUUUUCUCUUAAUUAUUUAAAUCACAAGAAGUUAAUUACAAAACUCAGAUAAGUAUGCCUCAAGUUUCGAAAUAGACUUAGAUGAAUAUAAUAAUUUAUGGUAGAAAAAUAUAAGCAAUGAAAAUGAAACACUUUUUAUAAUUAAAAAUGUCCUAUCAUCUUAUUGCUAUGUUAGAAUUAAUCUUAAAUAAAAUGAUCCUUCUCUAAUACUAAUGGCAGAUUAUGGAUAAUUCCCAAAUGAUAGUCUGAUAUAAUCAUAUAAAUAAGGAGAAAAGAUCGAUAGAAUAAGGUAUAUCCUAUAUUAAUUAUAUUCUAUUAGUUCUUUAGAAAACAGAAAGAAUAGAUUUCUUAAAUUACAGUCAGAACUGCAAGAUAUCUAUAUAUCUGUAAGAGUUAACAAUACAGAUAAUUAAUUUUAAAUCUCAAUUAGUGGAAGUUCUGAAGAGGAGUGUAAUAAUGACUGUUCUAAUAAUGGAGUAUGUGAGGUAUAAAUUAUUAUAACAUAAGGCUAAUGGAUGCAGUUGCUAUAAUUCUUUUAUUGGUAAUGAUUGUCAUUAAAUUGCUGAACAAUUAUUAUUGGGAACUUAAAAAUAAUUCUAUUUUAAUACUUCAUCAUCUUUCACUUUUUUCUAUAUAAAUCUUAAACCUUUAAUGGAACACACAUUAAGAAUUGAUCUGACUUAAUAUAGUAAUGAUACACACUCUGAAUAGGUUGAUAAUAGUAAUAACUGUUUAGAAGUCUGGAUUUAUAAAUCAAAGGCACUUGUAUAAUAACUUAAUGAUUAUACGUAACAAUAUUUUCACACUUUUCUCAUUGAACAAGGAACUCAGAUAAUUACAACUAAAAUUCCAUCAAAUUUAAAUGUUUAAUAACAAAUUCUAUGGUUUGCAAUUGCCAAAGAUACUGAAACUUUUGAUUCUGUUCAAUUAUCAAUAGCGGUUAGUUAAGAUGAUGCAGUUAUAUAUGAAUAUGAUUAAAAAGAUGAUAAUGAUGAAACUAAUAAAUUACUUUACAUAAUUCUUCCGACUACUCUUAUUCCAAUUACUAUAUUAUUAAUAAUCAUCUAUUAUUUAAGAAAGAAAAAAAAUUAAGGAAUUGAUAAUCCAAAUGUUGUUCCUAAGAAACAGCCCGAAGUAAAACAUCUUAUAAUAUAAAAUAAUAGAUUGAAAAUGAGCCAGAAAAAUGUGCAAUAUGCUUUGAAGGACUUAAUACUAAAAAUAAAGCUGUAAUAACGAUAGAAUGUAAGUAAAUAAAUUUGUUAAAUGUAGUCAUCUAUUUCAUAAUUCGUGCAUUCAUUAAUGGGGAGUUUAAUAAGUUGGACUUAAGAGUUGUCCAACAUGCAGAAGGCCAUUCAAACCAGAAGAACUUUAAUGAUUUUUAUAAUCCCUC